AUGACUGAUGAUGCAGACGAGUUUCCAUUUGUUGCUCAUAUUCCAGAUGCUAUGUUGAGGCGUUUUGAUCCUACGAAUGUUGUUUUGGUGGCAUAUUUGAAAAACAUUGAUCAUACUGUUCAAACGGGGAUAUUGUUGCCAAGGGAAGAGAAGAAGUUUAAAUGUUCGAAGAAGAAUGAACCGGUUUCUUCUAAAAAGCUUGUUACUAACACCAAUUCAAAGUCUCCAAAGAAGAAGCCUAGUAAAGUUAAGAAGCCAGUGGUAACUGAAGUGUCUGUUGAUGUGACUAUUUUGAUUGAGCCUGUUGUUGAGGAUACUCAAGAUAAAGUGGUUAUUCCUUCGAAGAAUGGUGUUUUUCGUAGAAUAAAAAUGAAGUCUAAGCAUACACGAAAGUCCCCGACUCUUAAUGUGGUACGAAAGCCUCAUGUUACUCAUCAGGGUCUCAUUAUUCGUGAAAUACCAACUCUUGUUUCUCCAUCGUCUAAGAAACGAAUGGCUGAAGAUAUGGCUAAACAGAUUUCUCAAAGGGAGAAGAAGAAGACAAGAAAGCUUGUUAUGGCAACCGAAUCCACAGAAGAUGAAGAUGAACGAAUUCCUGAAACAUGGUGA